AUGCUGAGUGAAUCAAGCACUGGUGUUAGUUCCACAAGGACCCAGUCAACAACAUCGAUAGCCACCAUACAAACGGCCGCCACCACUCCGGAGUUCUUUCCGAGCUUGGUAGAGAGUGAAGUGGGAAAUUUGUUACACGCUAACCUCUUUUCGCUCGACCAGAGGGAAGUUGUGGAUGACGACGCUGAGUCUGCCACCACAGAGCUGGCGACGGACGUUGCUGAUCCGGAGCGCGAAAAAUGGGUUAUCUGUUUAGUUGGGCUUCCUGCCAGUGGGAAAUCAACGGUGGCCGAACACCUUGAGACUUACGUGAAUAGAGUGAAGCGCGCAGACUUACGUUUUAAGUCUUUCAAUGCUGGUAAUGUGAGGAGAAGGUACGAGAAGCAGUUAACGCACAAAUUUGAUUUCGAUUUCACUAAAAGCGCUACACAACGUCUACGCGAACUAUAUGCGUUUGAGGCACUAAAUGAGCUCACCAGCAGCCUUAUACGUGAUGAGAUAGACAUUGGGGUGUUUGAUGCCACUAAUACAACGAAGGAAAGAAGAGAGAAAGUAGUACAGACUAUCAGACAAACGGCUUCUGAAGCGAACGUGGUGAUCAACAUCGCCAUUUUAGAAGUCUGCUGUGCAAACAUUUCUUUGAGGAGAUACAACAUUGAGCGCAAAACCACUAAUAAAGACUACUAUGGCAUGCCACGCGAGGAAGCCAUCACCGAUUUUCUCAAACGGGUUGAGAAGUAUGAAAAAAUUUACGAGAAGGUUACGUUAGAGGAGAUCGACCAAUUGGAUGUCAACUAUUUCAUCAUGUCCAAUGUGGGGGAGUCGUUCAGCUACAACUGCGGGAGGAAAUCAAACGGAAAGAACAACGUGGGGCGCUUCGAGAGUGUGCUUUUGCAGCAUAUUUAUGAUUUUUUGCUACAUUACAGAUCUACUUUUGGGCAACAUUAUCUGUCAGAGGUUGAAAAGUUUUAUAAAGAUGGGUACAAGCCCGUCAAGCAAGUUCUUGCUACGAAUUAA